GGCGGCGAGUCCACCAGAGGCUCCCGUCGCCCCUCCUCACUCUGCGCGCGUGUCCCGCCGCCCCCCGCGUCCAGGCCGAGCUCUCGCGGGGCGCGGAGACCGCGCGCGGCCGCGGAGACUGCUGGGAAGUGUGGUUUUGCUGGAGGCGACCGGGCGCAGCACCGGUAACUAGUGUGUGCUGCGCGGAGAAGCCUGAGAAAUGGCGCCUUGCUGGGGGUUGCGCUCGUGGUCCACCCCGCGCUAGUGUCGGGCCAGGCGGAAUGCUCCGACCUGGACGCUGGGAGGACGCGGCGGUGCAGUUCCCGUGAGGGCGGCGACCAUUGUCCGCGCACAGCGACCCGGCGCGUCCGGUGCGCGGAUUUGGGCAAGCGUGGGUCCCGGGGUGGGCUGGCGCGGGCCUCCGGCUAACGGCCGGCCCCGGGCGCUGGCACGGCCCGAGCCCUUGCUGCUCCCAGCGUCUCCCCGCGGUGUGAGCCCGCGAGGGCCUUAGCUCUCCGGGCCUCUGGCAUGCUGUGUGGAAGGGGUGCCAGGCGGCGCGCACCUCGUAGAGCGCGUGAAAAGAAAAUGGGCGAGCGAGUGCACGGAGUACCGACGGAAGAAAACGCCGUCUGCACUUGUUUUUGUGUCAUCCAGUGAAGAAGCUGACGCUUUCCGGUUGUGUAACCUGGAACAAUUGUUUCAAUAUCGCCCUUUCAAUUGUCAAGUCGUUUAAAAAAAGAAAUCUGGAAUAAUGUGAAUGCCCACCGUGCAGAGUGGUGACGAUUAAAUCAACUCAUAUUUAACAUGCUUACUACUGUUGUUUUAUGAGUUUCUCUCUUAGGUGUGUCACAGAGCUGCAAGAUAGUCCCAAUUUUUCAUGACUGCUUUUUCCUGCCCUUAAUUUGCCAUCUCAGGACAGUGCCCUCCAGUUAUACAAGAGCCUGGAAAGACAACUGUGUUGACUACUGGAAAUUGCAAAGUCAUGUUCCAGGUAACAUUUAGUGAUGUGGCCAUAGACUUCUCUCAUGAAGAGUGGGGAUGGCUAGAUUCUGUUCAGAGGGAUUUAUACAAGGAUGUGAUGGUCCAGAAUUAUGAGAACCUGGUCUCUCUAGGUCUUUCGAUACCUAAGCCAUAUGUGAUCACUUUAUUGGAGGAUGGGAAAGAACCUUGGAUGGUGGAGAAAAAACUGAGAAAAGGUAUGUUUCCAGAUUGGGAAAACAAAGAAUUAUCAGCGAAGGAGGAUAUUUAUGAGGAUGACUCACCCCAGACGGUAAUAAUAGAAAAAAUGAUAAAGUUUGAAUUUUUAAAUUUUAACAAGGACUGGGAAUAUAUAGAAAAGUUGGAGGGAAAGCAUGUAAAUUAGGUAGAACAUUUUAGACCAGUGACAUUCACCUUUAGAGAAAAUCCCAAUGGGGAAUGUGUUUAUAAAUACAAUACAUUUAGAAACAUUUUCUAUUUAAAUUUAAAGUCUAUUCUUUCUGAACUACAGAGAAUUUCUGCUGAAGGGAAAUCACAUAAACAUGAUAUAUUUAAGAAGAUCUUACCGAAAAAGUCAUUUAUAAAAAAUGAGAAUAUCAAUGGUGGAAAGAAACUUUUGAAUUCUAAUGGAAGUGUGGCAGCCUUCAGCCAGAGCAAAUCUCGUACCCUUCACCAGACUUAUAAUAGAGAGAAAAUCUAUACAUGCAGUGAAUGUGGGAAAGCCUUUGGCAAACAAUCAAUUCUUAAUCGCCACUGGAGAAUUCAUACAGGAGAGAAACCUUAUGAAUGUCGUGAAUGUGGGAAGACUUUUAGCCAUGGCUCAUCCCUUACUCGCCAUCAGAUAAGCCAUAGUGGUGAGAAACCUUACAAAUGUAUUGACUGUGGGAAGGCCUUUAGCCAUGUCUCAUCACUUACUAAUCAUCAAAGCACUCACACUGGAGAGAAACCAUAUGAAUGUAUGAACUGUGGAAAGUCUUUUAGUCGUGUUUCACAUCUCAUUGAGCAUCUGAGAAUUCAUACUCAAGAAAAACUCUAUGAGUGUCAAAUAUGUGAGAAGGCCUUCAUUCAUAGGUCAUCUCUCAUUCACCAUCAGAAAAUUCAUACUGGAGAGAAACCUUAUGAAUGUAGUGAAUGUAGAAAAGCCUUUUGCUGUAGCUCACACCUUACUCGGCAUCAAAGAAUUCACACUAUAGAGAAACAAUUUGAAUGCAACAAAUGUCUGAAAGUCUUUAGUAGCCUCUCAUUUCUUAUUCAGCAUAAGAGUAUUCAUACUGAAGAAAAACCCUUUGAAUGUCAGAAAUGCAGGAAAUCCUUUAACCAGCCUGAAUCACUAAAUAUGCAUUUGAGAAAUCACAUUAGAUUGAAGCCUUAUGAAUGCAAUAUAUGUGGGAAAGCCUUCAGUCAUAGGUCAUCCCUGCUUCAACAUCACAGAAUUCAUACUGGAGAGAAACCCUAUGAAUGUAUAAAAUGUGGGAAGACCUUCAGUUGUAGUUCAAAUCUUACUGUACAUCAGAGAAUUCAUACUGGAGAAAAGCCAUAUAAAUGUAAUGAAUGUGGGAAAGCUUUUUGCAAAGGCUCAAAUCUUACUGCCCAUCAGAGGAUACAUAGUGGAGAGAAACUCAGUAGUGCCCUAAGUGUGGAAAAACCUUUAGGCUAUCUGAAUCACUAUACAUGUGAAAAAUCAUAUAUGAGAGAAACUGUAUGAAUGCAGUGUUUUUCAUAAUAUAUUUCAGCCAUUGAUCCUCCCUGAUUGAGUAACAGAAAAUCUAUAUUGGAGAAAAGUCUUAAGAGAAUAAUAACUAUAGGAAGGUCUUUAGCAAUGGUACAAGACAUGUUGCCCAGAGUUCACACUGAAGAGAGACCAUAUGAAGGCAAUAAAUGUGAGAAUGCCUUUAGCCAGUAUUAAUCUUUUAAUAAGUAGACCCACACUGUAUUUACUGUUCUAUAUAUGUAAUAACAAAUAUGGGGAAGACUUGGCAAUAUGAAUCUCUUAUGAAAUAUGUACAAACAUGUACAAGAGAGACAAAAUAUGAAUAUAAAUUUGUGGAAAGUCCUUUAGUUAAAGUGCAUCCCUCAUGCUACAUCAAAGAACUCACCCUGCAGAGAAAGCGUAUGUAAGAAAUGUAGCAAAGUGUUCAUAAGAGCUCUUAUUUUCUUAGACAUGGAAUGUUUGGAACAAUCUGUGUACUAAUGCUAGAACAACCUGAAGGAUGUAGGAAUUAUAUGUAAAUCUUUGCAAUGAUGCCAUUUGUAAACAGUUUUACAGGAGAGCAAACAAGCAUAUUAUAAAUAAAUAUGCAUUUCUUAUAGCAGUAGCUUGCAAUUUUACGUAAGUUCUACAUAGAAAUUAUCUUUGGUUAAUAGGCAUGGGAAGAUAUUUAGUUACUCAGUGGAUUGAGUAAAUGUUAUAAAGAUGAAAAUUAAAUUUGCAAAAGAAGUAAGUGGUGUGAAUGAAAUUCUUGGUCUCUAAUAAAACCAGUUGUAUAUAUUAAACUCACAGUGACACUGAUAUGUCUUGUAAAACUUUCUACUACUUUCCUCUUGAUGAAUUAAGAUCAGACUGACAACAGCCUUUAGUGGGAGACUAGCAAACCUAAAGAAAAACUGGCCCAGCCAGUGUUGCUCAGUGAGUGUCAACCUGUGAGCCAGGAGGUCAUGGUUCGA